CAAAGCGCGAACUCUCUAUGUAACAGUGGAACGAGCGGGAACGAGGUCGUGCUCUUGGCCAUAAAAUGGGCAUGAAAGAAGGCUAUCUUUACGAUACUUUCUGGUCUACCUACACGGACGUUCUCAUCAUGUCUCUCAAGCUCCUGCAACUGAUUGCAGCAUUGGCUGCUUCUGCCCAUGGCCUUGCUGUGCCGGAUAGCCAGGGCGCGGCUUUCAGCCUUGAUGCUUUGCCGUCAACAGCAGAGGAAUUUGAUCCUGCGGCUGAGCGCCAGAGGCUUGAGGCCAAGUUCCCUACGGCGCAUGGCAGCAACAUCAAAGCGCGCACCACGAAGCAGUCGGGCUCCGUGAAAGUGAAGCCUAUCGCUGGGGGCCAGUCAUUCUUCACCCCUACUGUCAUUGGAAACCAGACGUUCAAGAUGCUUUACGACACUGGUUCCGCUGAUUUAUGGGUGUAUUCCAACGAUUCUUCCCCCUUCCAGCGUGAGGAUCACCCAGGCUAUGUCCCAACUUCAUCCGCAACCCUUCUCAAGGGCUACAACUUCACCCUCAAGUACGCUUUUGGCGAUACAAUCAGUGGCGAAGUCUUCACCGACACCGUCAAGGCAGGACCCGUCGUAGCCAAAAAGCAGGCCGUCGAAGCCGCCCUCAUCAUCCAGCCCGAAGUCGCCUACGACGGCAUCAUGGGUCUCGCAUUCAGCACCAUCAACCAGGUCACGCCCAAGAAGCAAAAGACCUUUUUCGAAACUCUCCUCCCCAUUCUGAAGAAGAAGAUCUUUGCUGCGAAUCUCAGGGUUGAUGGUAAGCCUGCGACAUGGGACUUUGGAUACAUCGAUAGUACCAAGUUCAAGGGUAAGGUCUCCUAUACCCCCGUUGUCAGCACGAAGUACUGGUCCAUGAACGUAAGCUCCUAUGCUGUAGGCAAGAGUUCAUUCAACAGCAAGAAGAAGGUUGGCGAGGUCAUCGUCGACUCAGGCACGUACCUAAUCUACUUGCCGGAAGCUGUGGUGAACGACUACUACAGCCAUAUCAAGGGGUACAAGCUCACAGAGGGAGGCUCUCGCACGUACCCGUGCAAUGCCACUGUUCCCGACUUCCAUCUCAAGACCGACAGCACAACGCUCACUAUCCCGGGACGGGAUGUCAACUAUACUGUAUAUGAUCCCACUACGCGUCUCUGCACCGGAGCCAUCACGACUCAGCUCAACAAUAAAUACUCCGUGUUGGGAAAUUUGUUCAUGAAGAACUACUAUGUUAUUCAUAGCCAGGAGGAUGCUACCCCCAAGCUUGGAUUUGCGUCGCUCUGAUCAACUUAAGGUGAUCCACGAGGAAGAGGUUGACCCAUCACUCCCAUUUGGUUCGUCACUACUUGCUGCUAAAUACCUCAUUGAUAGUGUAAAUCGUUGGCUAAACUCUUAAUGUUUGCAUUCAAGCAGUGGAUAGUCUUGUAUAAUAAAGAGUGUUAUUCUGAGUUUAUAGACCUGAUAACUGAUGCUUGUCCCUGCGCCUCACACAUCUUACAUACUAAGGUCGAAUGUUAUUUACUGUCAGGCUGAAUCCCUCAAGUCACCUAGAUACGAAGUUAGACAUGACUGAGGCAAUAUGUUGUAGUGUCCA